ACAGGUGAGGGCAGCCCGCGCCUAUAUAAUGCCAGCCAUGCCAGUCCUCCGUGCAGGGCGCUGCAGUGACGGCUCCGUGUUACAAUGGAUGCGGGUUCCUGUUGCCUGCAAGUCUUGUCCUUGCGGAUAUAUUUUUAUCAGCAGAAAACUUCUACACGCGAGACAGACAGAGAGAGUACCCCCCACCUCAGAAAACCGCUCCGAUCCUAAGAGAAGGCGAACAGAGAGAAUUAGAAGAGAAAGAACAAACUCUACUGUCAACAAAGACCUGGAAAACAGGCGAAGGUCCCGAUCCAAUAGUCAGUCCGACCCGAUACGCCGCGGGAGGGGCCGACCAAAGACAGCAGCCACCAAGAAACAGGAGGAAGAAAAAGCAGCAGGGAGGAGCAGCAAGGAAUCUGGAGCUGAAGGGACUACAGUAAGAUACCCUGAAGAUAUGAGAACACAGCGGGGAGACCGGGGAAGUAGGAAGCAACAGUGGAUGGGAGAAGAGAAACAAGAGAAAGAGGUGGACAUGUAUGCCAACCUUUCAGAUGAAAAGGCUUUUGUGUUUUCAGUGGCAUUGGCAGAGAUUAAUAGAAAAAUAAUAAAUCAGAGACUUAUACUAUGAUCAAAGGGAGGACUGCCACCAUCAUGAAUCCAUGUGACUGUCAAUACCAAAAUAUAGACCUCUGUGUCUCCAGGAAAACGAUACAAGUAUGACCCUGCACUAAAGACUUUUGUAUUUUUUUUUUUUUUUUUUUUCUAGAGCAAUAUUAUAUUAUCACAUUGGUUAUUUUUGUUUUCUUUCCUUUACCACGUGGUGAUUUUAUUCUGUUCUUAAAAGAGGACUCCUCCUGGCCAGCAGCCAGAAUGCAAAUAUUUAAAUGCUUGAUAUAAAUAAAGAAAAUAUAUAUUGCAAUUUUAUAAAUUAAGUGUCUGACAAAUGUACAGUUUAUAUACACUUUAUAUAUUAAACAGGUGUCUCA